AUUUGGUUGUAGCAACAGUUUUUAUAUUCAUGUGAACAGGAAGGUAAUUCUUGAUAAAUUUCAUCAGAAAGGAGACCAUGUACAUAUAUGGACUUACUGCAGUAGAUAGAUAAAGAUGGAUGGUAAAAGAAACCAACCAAAUAACCAAGCUGCAUUGCCAAAUGGUUAACAUAUCAGACUAGUUUCCUCAAAACAAAAAGAUGGGAAUGGUAUAAUAUGUUAAGAUGACAAUGUUUUAAUUUAUGUCAAGCAUGGAGCCAGACCCAGAUGAACAUCAAUACCCUGGUGAGGAAGAUAUCAAAUGGGAUGAUGAAAGCAUUAAAGGGAACAAGCCAAAAGGUUUAUAUAGUAAGACUUCAGAGACAGCUCGUGGAUUCAUCUCAACAGAGAAACAAUGUGCUCUCUUUUGUGGAGGUAAAAAAUGUAAAUACUGCAGUGGUGAAGGCUGGGAGGAGCACGAGACUGUGAUAAACGGACUGUACUCUCAAUGGGUAACUGACAACAUUCUAGCCAUGGCAAGACCAUCAAAUUUGAUGAUUGAGAAACAGAAUCUGGUUCAAAAAUUUCUAGAUGCUGACAUCAAGUCUAUAGUGAAUCUUCAAAUGGCCGGGGAACAUGCAGAAUGUGGACCUCAUAAACUAGACCCAAGUGGCUUUCUCUACAAUCCACAGGCAUUUAUGGAGAAAGGAAUUUUCUUUUACAAUUUUGGCUGGCCGGACUAUGGUGUAGCAUCAUUAAGUACAAUAUUAGAUAUGGUAAAGGUGAUGCAGUUUGCCAUGUCACAGGGGAAAGUUGCUGUACAUUGCCAUGCUGGUAGAGGUAGGACAGGUGUUAUAAUAGCUUGUUAUCUUGUGUUUACAAAUAGAAUCUCAGGCAGAGAGGCCAUACAUUAUGUUAGGGAGAAAAGGCCAAAUUCUAUCCAGACUCGGCAGCAGAUGCAAGUGAUCCAGGAAUUUGAGCAGUAUUUGAAACCAUUCCGUGUAGUCUAUGCUUCAAGAAAUCAUAUAGGCCAAGGAAGACAAAAAGGCAGUCAUGAGUUUUCUUUGCAACAAUUUCUCAACAGACAAAGACAUAUACUACAUGGUUAUGAAGCUAGACGGUUGAAACAUAUACCAAAGAUUAUCUACACAGUGUGUGAAAGGUUAUUGGAGUUAGCAAAAAAGGGCAGUUCAUUACGACGUCAGUUCGAAAAAAAUGCAACACCGCCACCGCCAAUGAAUAAACUUCAAAAAACUUUCUCUACUUUAUCUCAAACAUCAAGCAGCGAAUCUAAAACUCCAGUGCAGCAGAGUUCAUCAAAAGACUUGCUCACAAAUGGAAAAAGAAGAUACAAACGCUCUUUGUUAAGUGCACGUACCAGAACAAAGAGUAUAAGUAUGGAGGACUUGACAAAUGAGAAGUUUUUAUCCGUACUUGACGAUGAAGAGUCUCUAGGCAGUUCAAACAGUGGUGUACUGAUGAAGACGCCUGGGGCCAGCGAUGAAGAAGAUGAUGAUGAUUCUAUUAUUUUUGGGAACAGCACUGUUGAUUUAAAAUCUUCAGUCAUAUCAAGCAGUAGAGCUGUUGGGAGUGCUAAAUUGAUGAGUCAGUCAAACGGGCGGUCAGGUUCUCCAGGGAGCGAGAAUACUUCGGUAACAGGAACAACAAACUGGAGCAUAGAUCAGUCAUUAAUGACCGCCGAUAUGUCAGAGGACCAUGUACAAGCUGUAGGUGUUGCUUUGUCUGCUACAAAAGUAGAAGACUAUGUAAAAGACAGGGCACGAGAUUUACAGAAAUCUUUGAACGAGACUGAUAACUCGUGGACACAGCUUUCUACAGAAGGUGAUGCACAUGUUCUAGGUUUAUUACUGUGGGAUUGGCUGGACCAACUGAAGGAGCCAGUUUUAAGGGUUCAAGAUCUUUCUAUACUUCUGAACUGGAUAGAUGAACCACUCAUUGGGGUGCAGAAAGUUGAAAGGGGGACUAGACAUACUAUAGAAUACCUGGUGAAAGUGAUCUCUAAGCUGAAACCUUUAAAUGAGCAAACUGUGUUGAACCUGUAUGAGAAGCUACUGUCUCAUCUCACACAUCAGUGGGUAUCUUAUGACAGCAUAGACUUGAACUGUACUUGGGCAGUCGUUAAUAUGAAUAGUCAUUUAUUGGAAGAAAAGGAACAUUGGGGUGUGAUGAAAACAGAGGAGGCCGAAAAAUUGUUUCAGUUUUUUCAUAAUCUUCAGACAGAACUGUCCGCGAAACAUAGAGCAUCAAAAGAAACUUUAAAUGGGAAUGGCUCAGGUAUGGAGAAUCAGGCAUGAAGAAUGGAAAUCUCAUCAUAUGUUGACAAUAGGAUUCUGCUUUCAGAUUGGGAAAGUCUACUGGGAAUGGGGGAAUGGUGUAUUCUUACUAACUAGAUCACAAUUUUUUAUCUAACAAUUGUAGUAAUGAAGACAGCAACAUUUGUUUCUAAAUUAGACUACUGUUAGGAAAAAUUACUUUCUUUUUUAUAGAUCAUGAUACAGACUUUUCUGCACAUAUACAUCAUUGAUAUUCUGGUCCAACAAAAUUCGAGAAAGUCUCAGGAGUGCAAUCCAGGUCCUUUUUGACAAACACAAGUUUAAGUUACAGACCUGUAUAUAUAAGGUUGUUUUGUCUUUGAUGUACAUUCCUUCUUCAUUUUAUAACUGCUUUUUAAAUUUAUAAUGUUAUCAUAUUUUAAUGGGUCUAUAUGAACAAAAAGUAAAACUGGGGGCCAUGAUCAGGAUCCAAUUUUCAAUUUUAAACAUUUUCCACUGUUAAUAAUCUGAACAUGUUAUGUAUUUGAAGUAAAAUUGAUAAUAAAGAAUAAUUAAGUACAUUGUUGGAAUUCAAAAUUUUAUAAAGAAAAAAUAAAAAUUAAAAAAAUAUGAUUAAAAAAUUGUGAUUUGAAUUUAAUAAAUGAAAUGCUUAUUUUUUUUUCUAAAUUUUAAUACUGACCUAAAUACUGAUCAUUAAUUAUGCCCCCACCAAAAAAAUGUUGGGGGGGGGGGGGUGUGGCUAUUAUGGAUUCGCUUUGUUGCGUCGGUCAGUCAGUUGGUCCGUCCGCCUCCAUUUUCGUGUCCGCUCUAUAAAUCCUAUACCAAUUGAAGGAUUUUCUUCAAACUUGGCUCAAAUGUUCACCUCAACAAGGGGAUGUGCAGAACCCAUGUUGCCCAUGUGUCAGCUCAAGGUCAAGGUCACAAUUGAAGGUCAAAUAUCAAACAAUGAAAUAUUAGACAGUAUGUCGUGUCCGCUCUGUAAGUCCUACACUAAUUGAAAGAUUUUCUUCAAACUUGGCUCAAAUGUUCUGUAUUGCAUUUUAACAAAGUUAUGCCCCUUUUUAAGUCUUCAAAUUUACAUACAAUCAAAUAUUAGACAAUAUGUAGUGUCCACUCUACAAAUCCUUUACUAAUGGAAGAAUUUUCUUCAAACUUUACUCAAAUGUUCACCUCAACAAGGUUAUGUGCAGAAUCCAUGUUACCUUUGUGCUGGCUAAAGGUCAAGGUCACACUUGAAGGUCAAAAAUUGACUUAGAAAAUGUUCUUAGAUUUUAACAUGUACUUAAAUAUUUCUGAAACUAGCGCAGGUAUUUGCUUGAAACUUAAAAUAUAUAUGAGGUGUCACAAAUAAGAUAUGCAGGUCAAGUUUCAUAACUCUGUAUUGCAUUUUGACAAAGUUAUGCCCCUUUUUAAGUCUUUAAAUUUACAUACAAUCAAUACUAGACAAUAUGUUAUGUCCGCUCUAUAAAUUCUAUACUAAUGGAAGGUUUUUAUUCAAACUUUACUCAAAUGUUCAACCCAUCUUACCCUUGUGCCAGCUAAAGGUCAAAAAUUGACUUAGAAAAUGUCUAGUUCAUUGGGAAAAUGAAAGGUUAUUUGUAACUGUUUCGAACAUGAUUUGACAAUAUAUAUUUAUACUAUUACCUGUACAAUUAGCCUUUUUUUCACCAUAGAUAAUUUCUUUUUAUGUAUAUGUAUUUGUGCCACUAAAGUUAUUCCCUUAUUUCCAAGUCGUCUUCUGUCAAGGACAUUGGUGGGGGUAUGAAUCCCAUUCAGCGAUAGUUCUAGAUGCAAUUUGUAUUUUUGUUUAAUAAUUUUACCUAAAAAAUGAGAUCAUUUCAAAGCAAAAUAAUCAGUAGUAAACUUUUUUCAAGUUACACAUGUUUUAACCUAAAACAUUUAUAAUUACAUGAAGUUGCUCUAGAUUCAUGCUUAUUUUCAUGAAUAAUAUUAUAUUGAAAAUGUAUUUACAAUCAAAGUAUUGUAAAGUAUAGUUUACACAUUCAUUCCACAUAAAUUACCGAAAAGAGGACAAAAUAUGCAAUAUUAACCCUUACUGUGUGAGUCACACUGUCGAAAUACGGUGAUAAUUGUUGCAAAAUCAGUCAUUAUUGCAUACAACUUGAAUCAGGAGUAUAUUUACGUUCCUUAAAAUCUUAGCAUUUUUUCUUAAAGGUUUUCUUGAUUUUUUGGCUCAUCUGGAGGCAUGCAGCAUUAAUAUGAUAAAAUGAACUAAUUGUCCUGUAUAUAUAAAUUAUCAUUAUCAAUGCUGAUAUUAGAUGACACUAUUUUUGUGAAACAAUGCUCUGUUUUCACCAAGUUAAAAUUAAGAAAUAUUACUAAAUAUUAAACUUUAUUUUUGCAGUGUCAAAAUAUCUAUUUCAAACUUGUUUAUGUUGAAAAAAAAAUAUGGCUGUGUCAUUAAGGACUGUUUGUGUUUUUGAAAGAAUGUAUACAGUUUCUUUUUCAAAAAUGUUUGUUUUUAAUGUUAGAUUUUCUAAUAUGGUGCCAAGUUAUAUUCAGCCAAUUUGCUAUUUAUCUGUGUUUGAUGCUUGUUAGCUUGUUAGUUAAUAAUUGUGAUGUUUUAAAAUGUCAAACUAUGUCUAACAAUGUUUUAAGUUGUUUUAUAUUUUUUUGUUACUGUCAACAGUUUGUAUGUUAAAAAGUUUGUCCAGUUCAGAACGGUUACUGUUACUAUCAUAGUCAUUAAAAGUAUUUUGAACAUAAAAACUCAUACAAUUUAAAUUAAAACGAUAUUAUAUCUAUCAUAACAUUUUUGUCACUUAAAGUUUAUUUAGUUCUAUAUCAUUGUUCUUGAUGUGACAAAUAUUAUUGUUUUAGAAUUUAAAAUCUGAUACAUAUGUACUUGACAUUGACAUAUUCUAACUGCAAUAUUUUACUGUCAAUAAUUCUUUAUUCAAAUAUAAGAUGUCCUUAAAGUCACAAGAUUGUUGAUAAUGAAAUGAAAAUCCUUCAGAAUAGAAUUCUUCUACAUCUAAUAAUUGUUUCUGUCAAUAUAUGCUGUUAAUGAUUUGUUGCUGUAGAAUUUUAAGACAGCCUUCACUUGCCACAUUUACCGAGUAUCAAUAAAAAAAUUGUAAAAUGGUUAAAACAUUAUUAAAGUACAACAGGAUAGUAUGAAGAAAUAAAAGGUUCACAUGUGCUAUGUAUUGUGUACAGAUAUCAACUUAAACUACAUUAUAGUAAAUUGUUGAUGAGUUUUUUUUGUUAUUGUUGUAACCACAUUAAGAUUAAUUCAGUAUCAGUUAUUGCUACAUGAUAUGAUACCAGGAUUAAAGAAAUUUUACAGUGCUUUUUUUUUUUUUUUACUUGAUAAUAUAUUAUGAUAUUUAUUUGAUUUUUCAACAGUCGUUCAAGAGUUGUUGCUCUUGAAUAAUUUAUAAGUUGGGUAAGGUAUUGUUUAAUAUUUAUCUGCCGUACCUGUUAGUCACAUUUACAUGUCUUUGUUUUAUAUUUUAUUAUAUUAGACCUAGUGUCUAUGUUUGAUGAUUAACAUUAAGGCACACUUGCCUGAGUUUUGUUAUUUAAUUAUUUAAUUUCCCUGUUGUUUUGUAAAGGGAGGAUAAUAAAUGUUGAGCAUGUUUGUAUAUGAAGUUUAACAUGUUACUUGUUGUAAACAUUGUAAUCAUGUGUUGUUUAUGUACACUCUACUGCAAUAUUAUAAAAUUGUUUUCAUUGGCUGUUCUACUCACCCCAGCAUAUUUUUUUGUAAUAUCAUGUCUCAUAAUAAGUUAGAGUAUUCACUUGAAACUCUGCACAUGUGUUUGGAACAUAAAGUAAGGUUACUAUCCAACAACAGUUACUCUAGCAAAGAUAUAACUGAAUUAUGCUCCUUUAUGAAUUCUAAAAAAAUCCUGGUUUAAGUUUUGCAUGUAAGUACUAUCUCCACCAUGUAUUCACUAGUACUAUAGUAAAUGACUUUGGGAUAAAAAGUUUAGAUCAUUGUCUACCCAUAUCCCCAGAAUGUAGUUUUACUUAUUUAUUCCCCUUUUUGAACUUUUAAAAUUCUGGAAUAGCUGGUUUUUUGUAUGUAAAGCAUUGAGAAAAGUCAAGAAUCUUGUGACAGCACUUGAUAAUGAAAUAUAAUCAGCAUUUCAACAGAUAAUUUCCUGACAUGAAAAGUGUGAAGUAUAAAUAAUCAGGUUUUAAAUGAACUAAUUUUUUUUUCUGUUAAAAAGUUGCUGUGCUUGAUGUACAUGCAUAUUUAUUCAUGUUCUAUGUGUCUUUUUUUGCUCUUUCUUAUACAUGUAUGUAAUGUAUUUUUUAGCUCGACUAUUCAAAGAAUAUGGAGAGGUAUUCUAGUUGCGCGGGUGUCUGCGUUGGUUAAAGUUUUUUGUUAAGUCAAAUAUCUCAAUUAUUGCUUGAGAUAUUCAUUUGAAACUUACAAUACUUAUUUAUAGUAACAAUGUACAUCAGAUUGACAAGUUGGAUAACUCUGCCUACAAUAAUUACAGAAUUAUGCUUCUUUUUAACUUAGAAAUUUUGGUUAAAGUUUUUUGUAAAGUCAAAUAUCUCAAUUAUUGCUUGAGAUAUUCAAUUGAAAUUUACAAUACUUUUUUAUAGUAACAAUGUACAUCAGUUUGCAAAGUUUGCAUAACUCUGCCUGCAAUAUUUGCAGAAUUAUUUGCCCCUUUGAAAUUUUUGUUAAAGGUUAAAGGUCUUCAAAGAUAUUUACUUGAAACUUUAACACAUGU